CGAUACACAUUUAUAAAAUAAUAUUUUACUACUUAUAGUGGUUACUCGGUUUUAUUUAAAUUUAUUUAUCUAGUUAAAAUGAGUAAUUUUAAAUCAUUAUUAAUUCAAUUUUGUCUACUAAUUACAUAUCAUUCAAUCAAUGCUUCAAGAAGAUGGUCUUCAAGAAGAAAUCCAGGUCAAAGUUCUCGUAGAAAUUCAGAAGUUUUAAGAUUACCAAUAUCAAAUACUUUAGAACCUGAAGACGUUUAUACUUUACAACCUAGCUGCGAUAUAAAGUGGUCAAUUAUUGACAAUUCUAUUAGAUAUUUAAUUGGUAGUAAUGAAAAUAAAGACAAUAUUUUUUACAUUCCUUCAUAUAUAUACUAUGCGUAUUCAUAUCUUAAACUAGAUAAUAUUCUAGUAAAAUUCAUUUCAGAAGCCAAUGUCUUAAAUAAACAUAUUAUAUUGGUAAGCAUUAACAGUAAUCCUGAAAUAAAUUCUACGCAAUGGAUUCUAGGUGUUUUUUAUUUAAAAUUGCAUAAGAUAAUAAUUUUAGAUUCAAACAUUAAUAGGAAUACUUUACAACGUCAUCAUUUUAAAAAUUUAGUUAAAAUAUUGCGUUUAUCAUACAGAAUACUAAGUUACUCAUCAGGAGAAGAUAAUAAUAUCGAUUUAGAUGAUUGGCAAUUAAUAUACGCUUCAGAUGCGUUUCAACAAAAUAUGGCAACAUGGGACAGUGGUUUGUACACUUGUAUACACGCAAAUUGUAUUAUUCAAAAAAUAUUUUCUAUGAACUUCAAUAGAGAAUGGCUUCGUCAAAUUUAUGAUGCAUCUUUAAGCUGCGGAAUCCAAUCUGGAUACGAUUUGGAAUUAAUUAAGAAUAACAUGAGUGAUGAAGAAAUUCAACAAAUAAUUGAAGAAGUUUGUGAUGACGAAUUAUCCAUUAAAUUCAUUACAAUUCAAAAUUUAAUUAUGAAUCAAUGAGUUAUUAAUUUAAAUAAACCAAAUUCUUAUAUUAUA